CUCUCCUCCAUCCACUCGUCCGCUAUCAACCAUGUCGCUGCGGGAAAAGGCUGAAGAUCUCAGGAAAACGAUCGAUAAUCUCCUCGUGGUGGGAGUUGACAUGGCGGUUCCAAUUCUCAGGGUCGUCAAUGCUACCGCUGAUUGGUGUCCCCCUCUAAAGAUGGCGACUGGCGGUGCACUCUCCAUCUUCGACGAGGUUAAAAAGUUCAAGGAGAACAAGAAGGAAUGGGCUGAUUUUGGUGAAUACGUAGCUAGCACUAUGGCCAAGGUAGUUUCAGCCAUAAAGUCUUAUGAUGUGUCAGCGGGGGAGGCAGGGUCAUGGGUGGAGGGUGUCGCGGAGCUUGGGAGCGCGCUACAAGGCAUCCAGUCCAACAUCAAACAAAGACUCAGAGAACUAGAGGAACGGUCAGGUGUAAGAAAUGCACUGUCUCACUAUCGAGACCCUGGAAAAUUCGAGGGCCUGAAGAAGGAUUUUGACAAAGCGCUGGCAUCGUUUCAGUUUAGGACGAAUUUAACAAUUGGUGCGAUUGGCGUCAAAUUAUCGACCAUGGAGGACACCUUAGACCGCCUGGAGAGUGACCCAACCCUCGAUAAUCUCCGAUAUCCUCAGAUCGCCCACCAUGAUUCAACAGAGGCAUGCCUGGAAGGUACCAGGGUCGAUCUCACGGAGCGUAUUAUGAACUGGUGUCGUAACACCGGAGAUAACGAGAACCGGCUGAUGCUACUGACCUCAGUUGCUGGCGCUGGCAAAACUUCGAUUGUGCACACGAUUGCAGAUAGAUGUAACAGGGAGGCUAUCUUGUUGCUGUGCUUUUUCUUCACAGUUGGCGAACAGCCACGGCCGGACUGUUUAUUCAGCGGCAUUGCUCAAGCUCUAGCAAAGCGUGACGCAGAUUACCGUGCCUUCAUUAUCUCUGCCCUUCGAAAAGACCCCACCCUCUCAACAGCUCCAUUCACGAUGCAGUUCAAGAAAUUAGUGGCUUCGCCCCUGCUUCAUAAACCUCCGCCUUCCGAUCGUCCUAUGGUGGUCAUCAUCGACACUUUGGAUGAAUGUGACAAAGAAGUGUUCGAAUCCCUUGCCGAAAUUCUUGGGGACGAAGUGCCCAGGCUACCGUCUUCUGUCAAAUUCUUCAUCACAUCGAGACAAUUCGAUCUCGUGAAUCGCUACCUCUCCCCCGAUUACCCUAUUGAUCGUCUCCGCAUUGAUCUCUCGGAUGAGGCAAAUGUGCAGGACUGUGCUAUAUACAUACACUUCCAGCUGCAAAAGCUGAAGAAGGUACAUCGGGAUUUACGGCGUAAUCUUCAGGACGAGGAUAAGAUGGUACAGGAAAUCUCUGAACGAGCAAAUGGCUUGUUUAUCUGGAUCAGCACCAUCUUUCGCUACAUGAAGAUGGCCAACAAGGAUCCUAUGGGGACACUAGAAACUCUGCUCGACAUUGGUGCCAAACGACCAGAGGUCCCUGCUGAGAAGAUGAUGGAUGACUUGUAUACCAGCAGUUUGAAGAAGUGCGCUUGGGAGGAUGAAGAAUUUGCGCAUGAUUAUCCAAUCGUGAUGGGAGCAAUCUUCGUUGCUCAGCAGCCUCUGUCUAUCACAGCCUGGGACGUAAUUUUAUCACCUUUCCUCAAUUCUUCUGUUCAAUAUGCAUUGGCUGAACUUGCUCCUCUGCUCUCAGGAGUUGAGGAUUCCCACAUUCCGGUUCACAUCUUACACCAAUCUUUCCAUGAUUUUAUUCUUGAUCGGAUCAAUCCCCGAACAAUCAGCUCUCGUUGCACUCCUGUAGCUGUGGGGGUGGAGAAUGCCAGGGUUGCCCUGCGAUGUACUGAGAUUUUGAACAAGGAUCUCUGCUCUGUGAAGGGCUUAGGACUGAUUGAAAACUUGUCCGAAAAAGAUGAAAUGCCACACAUUCCUCCAAAGGAGCUAUCUGAGCACUUUCGUUAUGCAUGUCGCCACAUCAUCCAUCACCUUAGUGGAGUCCAGGGGCAGUCUGAGGAGCUUGCUGGGCCAGAAGCAACUCGGUGGGUGGAAGUUUGUGUGAGAAUGGAGAACUAUUGGGCUAAGUUGGCUGUUGACCACAGGACUCUUCCAUUCCAGGAGGCAUAUGAGGCAGCAAGUGAUUCUGUUGCACUCUGCCGUUACCUUUUUUCUGUGGACUCAACUGAGUCACUCAACAUUCUGUAUGUCACUCUUCAGAGACUCAGACGGCACUCGGAGGCACUCCCAUUCAUCGAAGAAAGUGUCAGACUCCAUCGCCAGCUAGUUGCUGUUAACCCAGAAUUAUACACCCCAGCUUUGGCCAUGUCACUCAACAAUCUACGUAAUGCUCUUUCCAGUCUUGGACAACACUCAGAGGCGCUCCCAUUCAUUGAAGAAAGUGUCAAACUCCACCACCAGCUAGUUGCCAUUAACCCAGGAUCAUACACCCCAGCUUUGGCCACCUCACUCAGCACUCUAUGUAUUGCUCUUUCCAAUCUUGGACGGCACUCAGAGGCACUCCCAUUCAUUGAAGAAAGUGUCAAACUCUGUCGCCAGCUAGUUGCCAUUAACCCUGGAUCAUACACCCCAGAUUUGGUCAGGUCACUCAACAAUCUAUGUAAUGCUCUUUCCAAUCUCGGACGGCACUCAGAGGCACUCCCAUUCAUUGAAGAAUGUGUCAAACUCCACCGCCAGCUAGUUGCCAAUGACCCAGGAUCAUACACCCUGGCUUUGGUCAUCUCACUCAACAAUCUAUAUGGUGCUCUUUCCAAUCUUGGACAGCACUCAGAGGCACUCCCAUUCAUUGAAGAAAGUGUCAAACUCUGUCGCCAGCUAGUUGCUGUUAACCCAGGAUCAUACACCCCGGAUUUGGCCAUGUCACUCAACAAUCUAUGUUAUGCUCUUUUCAAUCUCCAACGGCCCUUGGAGGCACUCCCAUUCAUUGAAGAAAGCAUCAAACUCCACCGCCAGCUAGUUGCCAUUAACCCAGGAUCAUACACCCUGAAUUUGGCCAUGUCACUCAACAAUCUAUAUAGUGCUCUUUCCAAACUCGGACAGCACUCGGAGGCGCUCCUAUCCAUUGAAGAAUGUGUCAAAAUUCGGCGCCAGCUAGUUGCUGUCAACCCAGGAUCAUACACCCCAGAUUUGGCCAGGUCACUCAACAAUCUAUAUAAAGCUCUUUCCAAUCUUGGACAGCACUCGGAGGCACUCCCAUUCAUUGAAGAAAGUGUCAAACUCUAUCACCAGCUAGUUGCCAUUAACCCAGGAUCAUACACCCCGCAUUUGGCCAUGUCACUCAACAAUCUUUAUAAUGCUCUUUCAGAUCUUGGACGGCACUCAGAGGCACUCCCAUUCAUCAAAGAAAGUGUCAAACUCUGUCAACAGCUAGUUGCCAUUAACCCAGGAGCAUACACCCCAGAUUUGGCCAUGUCACUCAACAAUCUAUACAAUGCUCUUUCAGAUCUCGGACAGCACUUGGAGGGGCUCCCAUUCAUUGAAGAAAUUGCCGUUAACCCAGGAGCAUACACCCCAAAUUUGGCCAACUCACUCGAGAAACUACGCAAUGCUCUUGCCAGUCUCGGACAUCAUUCCGAGGCAUAAAUGGUCCACACUUGAUUCCUCAACAUUGCAUUCUCCACAUUGCUGUUCGCACAUGAUGGGCAAGCUCGAAUUGGAUAUUUGACUGGAGAACACCAAUAAAUCUAGCUCAAUUUCUUUAAUUGCAAACUAUUGAUAAAAUA